AGAUAACAUUUUGCAAGAUAUUCAUUCAUUGGUUCUCAUCGGUAUCAUCAUUUUGCCCAAAUUAUUACAGGAAAAAAAAACACAGUAAUACUACUCUAUACCCAAACAAUUCAGAGCGAGAAAUCAAGAAGAAAAAAGGGAAAUCAAGAAGACAACGGAAAGCAGCCAUGUCUAAGAUGAUCAUGGUGGCCUCUUCGAAAAGUGUAAUCACAUGUUCGAUUCCACCCACCCCUAAACCUAAACUCCACCUUCAACCCCAACUCUCUCUUCCCAAGAAGAUACCCCUACUCGUCAAAUUCCCCAAACUCAACCAAAUACCCUCCCUCAUCGCCGCCGCCACCACUUUCACUCUCCUCCACGCGCCGCCGUCACUCGCGGAGGAAGUGGAAAAGGCAUCCCUUUUCGACUUCAACCUCACCCUCCCCAUCAUAGCAUUUGAAUUCCUUUUCCUGAUGGUUGCCCUGGACAAGGUUUACUACACCCCACUCGGGAAAUUCAUGGACGAGAGAGACGCCGCCAUUAGGGAGAAGCUGAGCAGCGUGAAGGACACUUCCUCGGAGGUGAAGCAGCUGGAGGACCAGGCGUCGGCUAUAAUGAGGGCGGCGAGGGCUGAGAUAUCGGCGGCGCUGAACAAGAUGAAGAAGGAGACGCAGCUUGAGGUGGAGCAGAAGAUUGCAGAGGGAAGGAAGAAGGUGGAGGCAGAGCUGAGGGAGGCGCUGGUGAGUUUGGAGAAUCAGAAGGAAGAGACAGUGAAAGCACUAGAUUCACAGAUUGCCAAUCUUAGUCAGGAGAUUGUCAAGAAGGUGCUCCCUGUUUCUUGAUUUUACAAUCUUCUAAGGAAAAAAAAAAAGGAAUCUUUGGCUGCUGCAGCCAUUUGGAUUUGAAGUUAAUUUGAGUUCCUUUUUUUUUUUUAUUUCUUGUUCAUUGUUUUGGGGUUUGGUUUAUUUGCAAUUAUGUUAAAUACUACUUUACUGUAUAAUCAAAUGAAUGAAUGAUCUGUGACAUUGAUCUUUUCUUAUUUU